AUGUCUGUACAGUCUAAGCCAGUCCAGCUCACCCCCUUCGCUGCAGCUCUCGCCGGUGCUCUUGGUGGUUGUUUCAGUUCAGCUGUUGUAUAUCCUCUAGAUGUGGCCAAGACCCAGAUCCAGGCGUUACCUGGUACUAAAGAUAUAUCCAUGUUCACCCUCCUAUAUCGAAUAUUGAAAAGAGACGGGCUUGCUGGCUGGUAUCGUGGGUUUGGAGCAACAAUGCUGAACACUUUCUCCACGCAGUAUGCGUAUUUCUUCUUCUACUCUUUUGUUCGCAACUCGUACAUUGCGAGACUUACACGCAAGUUACCCGCUGGCACGAUGCUCGGACCUCUCUCAACUGCUACCGAACUGCUGUUAGGUGCUGUCGCAGGAGCACUUGCCCAAAUAUUCACUAUACCUGUCUCGGUCAUUGCAACCAGGCAACAAGUCGGGCGGCCGGAAAGUAAGAAAGCCGAAAAGGGCGAAGAAUCUUAUGACGACUCUUUUACGGGUGUCGCUAAAGAAAUCAUCGAGGAGGAGGGUAUUACAGGACUAUGGUUGGGUCUUAAGCCUAGUUUGGUUCUGACUGUCAACCCUGCGAUAACAUAUGGACUCUAUGAGCGAGUCAAGAAUUUGGCUCUCGUGGCGAAGACCUCUGCUGGUUCAGAUGCUUCAAUGUCCCCUGGCCUGUCAUUUUCCAUUGGAGCGUUGAGUAAAACGCUGGCAACAGUGGUCACGUAUCCUUAUAUUAUGGCGAAAGUACGAAUUCAAUCUAGAAACGCAGAUAGAGAUGAAGCCGUGGAAAAUGGUUUACCCCCGCCAACUCCCCACACACGACACCAUCGUGACAAAUCUAGACAUCCUAGUGCUGUUGGUGUACUCACGGAUGUUUGGAAACGUGAAGGUCCGAUUGGCUGGUAUCAGGGGAUGCAAGCACAAAUCAUCAAAGCGGUCCUAUCACAAGCACUGCUUUUCAUGUCGAAGGAACAAUUUGAACGAUGGGCUAUUACAAUUCUACUCGUAGUAACCCGCCUUCGCUCGCACUCUUCAUUAAAGUGA